GUUUUGCUCAAGCGUGAAUGUUGCAACGUUGCUUAACCCUCGUGUGCAAAGAGGCGAUUUUGUUUUUGUCCUCGUCUGAGCGCAGACAGUGGCACCGGAUGAGACGUUACUGAAACGUUAUUAUUGCACAGGGGAAGUUGCACACUGGUCCUCAGGCCGGCUUUAUAUUCAUUCGAGUGGUCAUUACUUUUUACACAUUUGCGCUGGAGAAGCUUCGAGGGCAGCCAGGUCCUUUACUGAGCAUCUAAAUUCGAGCUCCCAGCAGUAGAACCUCACUGCUUUUUCAUGGAGGAUAAGAACUAUAUCAUAUACCACGGGCUGAAGUGCCCUAAGGAGAGUCACAGCCUUCAAAGCUUAAAAUAUUUUGAGAACUUCCAAGUCGACGAUCAAGAUAUCUUCUGCAUCUCUUAUCCAAAAUCUGGUACAACAUGGAUGCAAGAAAUUGUUCCCUUGCUUCUCAAUGGCGGAGACUUCACUCCAGUGGAGAGCAUCCCAAACUGGGACAGGGUGCCCUGGCUCGAGGAGACACGGGCUGUCCUGGUCAUGGACAAGCUGAGGGCUCCAAGGACCAUGGUCUCCCACAUGCUCUACCAUCUGAUGCCUUCCACCUUCUCGUCUUCUAAGGCAAAGGUCAUUUAUAUUGCAAGGAACCCAAAAGAUGUAUUGGUGUCUUCCUUUUAUUUCCACCAAAUGGCCAGUUUUCUGGAUGAUCCAGGAACGUUUGAAGAAUUUAUGGACAAGUUCCUCGCAGGGCAGGUUCUUUUUGGAAAGUGGACUGACCAUGUGAAGAGCUGGAGAAACACUGAUCUAGGAGAUCGGAUUCUCUACAUCACUUAUGAGGAGCUGAUUCAGGAUCUUCGUGGGGCUUUGGAGCGCAUGUUACGCUUUCUUGGCCGGCAGAUGAGCGAAGAAGCUCUGGAUCGUGUUACUGAACACUGUCUGUUCAAAAACAUGAAAAACAACAACAUGUCCAACUAUUCGCUGGUGCCACAGGAAGUCAUGGAUAGCAGCAAGUCAGCUUUCCUCAGAAAAGGAAUUGCUGGAGAUUGGAAGAAUCACUUCAGCCCUGAGUUGGAGGCCAAAUUCAAUGAGGUCAUUCGCAAAGAAAUGGAGGAAAGUGGAAUUAGUUUCCCUUGGGAUGAGGAAUAAAAAAAA